AUGCUCUGUGGGCCACACACCCACAGUGCCAUUGUUCAGGCUCCCUGCCUACAGGCCGAUGCCAUCCUUGAAAGGUUGAUUCGUGAGGUGCUUGCCCAGGGUUACCCGGACCGUGGGCCGCUCUACCUGAUGAUGGCGGCAGGGCAGCCUGCCCCUUGUGAUGGUCAGCACGAGGUUGUGUUUCUUUUGUGCAACUCCGUGCACGAUCGGACUGCAACAGUGGUGGUCGAUGAAAGGUCUGGCGGGCAUCCUCUUUGCUCGCAUCAUGUGGCCCCGCAGACCAUGUGUGACAGCUUGAUCUCUGCCGAUGGUGUGCAGCGCAGAGUCUCCGUUGUGGUAAAUGGCGCUCCAGCACGACUGGCCCCGAAAUGGGCCAUGCAGGGUGACUUCAUUCAGUUUGAUGAAGGGCAGGGACCACCGCCAUUCACUCCUACAAGCUGGCUCCUGCGCCAGCUUCCUGUCCUCCUGCCUUUCACAUGGCCUCUGCAUGUUGGUGACGGGGUGUUUUCUCUUGAUGUUCCAGGGUGUGCGCGUCUGCGGCGUCGGGCGCAAGGUGCCUUUCAUCCAGCCGAGGGAGGUUGCCUGGUCCUGGGAAUCCAUCAUGGGCCGAUCGCUUUCAACCUCGGGCAGCCUGUCGUUCCCUCUCUUUCUGAGAUGCAGGCGGGGCUUGCCCUGCUUGAUGACUGUCCGCCGGCCAUGUUGGAAACACACCGAUCAUCUGCUACGAGCAUCUCAGAGCGCACGGUGUUCGUCUCAGCACCCUCCCAGUUCAUGUACCGUACCGUCUUGGCGCCGUGUUUGUCUUUUGCCGGACACUACAUUGUGUACGCGGUGUUGCCUGAGCACAUCGAGCUUCAAUUAGCGCUCCCGCAAGGAGUGGCAUACCGGCGGCCGCAGAGAAGACACCAACACGGUGACUUGCUUGAGAUUUUCAGGGUCGCGAGGUGUGCGUGGCCUCUGAUCUUCUACAUGGAACAGGCUGCCGUUUCCUCCAGCAGCGCUUGCGGCAGUUGCGGCACCCGCUCAGCCUUGUCCGCCGCCCCCGCCCCCCUCCGUCGGCGGUACGGCCCUGAUCCAGCUACCUGA